CCACUCCCUCGCGCCUUCCGCAGCAAGCGCACACCUUCCAGGCUUUUACUGCUUCCGGGCUUUUACCUGUAAACCACUACACACAUCUAUUAUGCAUAUUUUGAGUGACUUCACUGUCACAUCCUGCAACGUUCCAAAAAAGUCUGAGCGGGUGUUGCACUGUCGGGGAAAAGGCCAGAGCUUGGUGUCCUCGGAGUGCCUACUCACAGUAGGUUGUAGAAAGCUGAACACUUUAACGCAAGGUCAUUUUCGGGCCGCACGGCGGGCGCCGGAUGGAUGCUUGCAUGCUGGGCCGGGCCGCGUCGUUACGCGGAGGCACGGUUCUUUGAACGGCCCAUAGAAUGGAAUGCUGGGUUGUAUCCAAUGUGGUGGCGAUUGGUCACAGACCUUCGGGUCCACCACGGCUUUGGCCGGCUGGGUGUGGCAGCCUCGGGCACCGGGCGCCAGCGCGGGUUGCUCCUCGCGGCUCGGCUGGCCCGCCAGACAUAGGCGACUAAUGCAGCUAUGAACAUUCGCUGGCCAUCGUGACUAUGCUGAAUUCAUUAUCCCAUUGGAGGCACCGUGGCGGCGAUGUCAGUUCCGCAACCACCCACCCUGGCGACGGCCUUGCGUCCACGAGCCCGCUGCAGCAGCGGCAGCAGCAGCCGGCGGCUGCGCAGGCAGCGCAGCAGAGCCAGCCUUUAUCGUCAACAGCAACUGGCCGCUACCACUGGCAGCGAUGCGUGCCAACUAGCCGUGGUCGGAGACUGGCGUGUGUAGGCGCAGUGCUGCUGUUGCUCCUAGUGGCGGUGGUCCUCGCGGGCGUUUUGGUUCCUACGCUGCUACACCGACGGCAGCAGACUGGGGUUUUCCUGGACUCGGCGGCCGGCCUAACGCCCAGUACCAACCAGCAGCUUCCCGCAGCGCCCCCAGCCUCGGCGCCCACGGUCUUACCGGCGGCAGCGUCUGGGCCGAUCGCUGCUGCUGCAAGAGGUGGCGACGCAGCACCGCAACCACAGCCACCGGACAACACGGCGCCGCCGCUGGCUGCAGCACCCCCUGACAACACGGCGGUGACAUCUGGGAGCAGCAGCGCUACUGGUAAUGUCUCCAGUACCACCAGCGCCAGCAUUUCCACCACCAACAACAACACCACCACCACCCCAGCAGCGAGCAAUGCAACGGCACCGGCAAAAGUACAGUGCACGCACGCAGCCGGCGACAGGGCGGCGUUCGGGCGCAUCAACGCCCAGCUUCACCUGGUGCGGGGCUGCAGCGACACCAGGCAGCUGCUGGUGGGGUUCAACAACUACCAGCUGGCCAUGGCGGCGGGUGUGGUCAGCCCCAAGGCCUUCCAGACCGUGGGCGGCCUUAGCGGGCGCCAGGCGGUGACGCGGCUGAUGGAGCAGGCCGCGGCGCGGGGCCUCAACGUGGUGCGCACCUGGGCACACAGCUCCGACACGCAGUUCCCCUUCCAGAUUGCUCCCGGCGUGUACCUGGAGGCGGCGCUGGCGGGUCUGGAUCACGUGGUGGCAGCGGCGGCGGCAGCGGGGCUGUCGCUGGUGCUGUCGCUGGCGGACAACUGGAAGUACGCAGGGGGCGUGGACCAGUAUGUGGACUGGAGCCCCACGGCGCCGCCGCGCACCCGCACCCGGCCGCCCGACACGCCUGGCGACCCCACCGGCGUCAAGGUCGGCCCGCCCGCCGCACCCGGCAGCAGCAGCAGCAGCAGCAGCAGCAGCCGCAAUGCCAGCGGCGCGACGCAGGACCAGCAGCAGCAGCAGCAGCAGCAGCAGCUGCUGGAGGGGCUGCGCUAUGAGGCGGCGCGGCACGCGCUGUUCUUCUCGGACGCGGGUGCGCGGGAGCUGUACCGCCGCCACGCCGCCGCCGUGGUGAUGCGGCGCAGCACACUGACCGGGCGGCUGUACCGGGAUGAGCCGGCCAUACUGGCCUGGAGCCUGGUGAACGAGCCGCGCUGCGAGGUGUGGGCCGCGCCCAACUGCACGGCUGCAGUCCAGGCGUGGGUGGAGGAGAUGAGUGCCCACGUGCGCGCCCUGGAUCCAAACCACCUCAUCACCAUCGGCAGUGAGGGAUUCUUUGGGCCCUCCACGCCGCACCUCAUCCGACACAACCCGGGCGGCGACGGCGGCGUCUGGGCCGCGGGGCUGGGUCAGGACUGGGUGGCCAACAACGCCGCGCCGCACAUCGACUUCGCGAGCCUGCACGCCUGGCCCGACAACUGGGUGGACACUGAGCAGCUGGUCGGCGACGGCAGUGCGGAGGACGGCGCGGGGGAAAGCAGCAGCAUACGCCCGAAGCUGCGGCGGCAGCUGCCACCACCGUCGGCGGUGGCAGGGGCUGCUGCUGGGGCGGCGCCGGCUGCGGCUGCGGCGCAGCGCUACGCCGCCUUCAUGGCCGACUGGCUGACCUCCCACCUGGCCGCCGCGGCCGAGCUGCUGCACAAGCCCGUGCUGCUGGACGAGUUCGGAAAGAAGGUGGAGCCUGGCAGUAGCAGUAAUAGUGGCGGCAGUAGCACAAGGGAGCGGGAGCUUUCAGAGCAAGGCGCACGGCUAAGUGCUGCGGCGCCGCUGCCAGGACCAGCAGUGGCUGAGGCUGGUCUGGCGGCGGUGGCAAACGCCGAUCAGACGUCUGUGCCGCCACCGGUGCCCAAAGCGGCCGCCGCAGUGCCGCCGGCUGUGGGGAACACGACUGUGGUCGCCGCGCCGCGCCUUGCUGAUGUGGCCGGGCCACAGACGUUGACCGCAACAGGAGCGACCCCUGCUGCACCUGCACCGAAGCCGCAACCCGCCGGAGCUCUUGUGGGUGCGGCGGCGGGUUCACCCGGCGGUUCAGAGGCUGCAGCGGCAGGACCAGGCAGCGGCGGGGCCAGGCAGGGCCAGGCAGCGGCGGUGGCGGCAGGGGCGGCGGCGAUAGACGCCAGGAAGUCGGCUGAGCGCGACGCGGUGUACAACCAGACCUACAGGUUCCUGGACGAAUUGCUGCGUCCGUCACUGCCGCUAUUGCCGCCGGCGCCACCCGCACCUGCGCCUGUACCAGUGGCCGCGGCAGCGCCGGCGCCGCCGAUGCCUAGCGCCCCGCAGCCGCAUGCGCAGCCGGCGGCUCGCUCGUCAACCAAUGCACCCAACGGGGCGCGGAGUGCUGCUGUCGCCCUGCGCGGCCUCCGCUCAGCGCCAGCGCCGGCGGCUGCUGGUGUCGAGAUGCCGCCGACGCCGUUGCCGCAACCCCCGCCGCUGUCGAUGAGCGUCACGGUGGGAGGGGUCCCAGUCGCGGCGGCCUCGAGCACCAACAGCAACCUUAGCACCAGCAACAGCAGCAGCGCUGAGCGGCCGCUUCUGGGGUCCUUGUUCUGGAUGUGGCAGCUGCCGCUGUUCGUGGGGGAGGCACCGGACCCGUACGGCGUGAGCGGUGUCGAUGACACGCUCUUCAAAUUGGUGACCAGCCAUGCGGCGAACCUGUCGCGCUUGCAGCGGCGGGGCUCCCCAUCAGCUGACUCUAUCAUCGCACCUGAUGAUCGGCUACAGCCGCAGCUGCCAGAGCCAACGCCUGCCGAGGAAGCGCUCGGCAGGGAUUCACAUGCGCUACCAGCGUUAUGCGAGUGCCGCUGUUGGAACUCAGCAGUAGCGGCAGCCGCAAGCCCGCACCUGCUUAAUAGCUCUUCCAGUGACUCCGUGUGCUACAGCGCAGACAUUGGUGGUGGUUCAGGGGAUGAUCGGGGCAGAGGCUCACUCACAGUAGGACCAGCCGCAGACGAAGCUGUAGCCGCGCCGGCAGUAGCAGUUAUUACGCAGGCGGAGAUGUUGAGGGCCCGCAACAGCAGCGACGGCGCUGCCGCUCCGACGCCUGCUGGCUCUGCCUUCAAUGGCGCCAACUCGCAACCGCAGCUACAGCCGCAGCUGCUGCCGGCUGGCCUUACAAUGCUGCGGGCGCGGGUGCAAGAGGCGGGCGAAGUGCAGGCCCUGCUACAGCCUCUGGAGCCCGGGGCAUGCGAGCAGCAGCUGUUGCGGUCCGCACUGGCGCUGCUGUCAGCUGAGGAGGAGGCGCUGGCAGCAGCCGGCGGCGGCCCUGCAGCCGGCCAGCACCUAGUGAUGUACGCGGCGGGGCCCCAGCAACAACAGCAACAGCAGCAGCAGGCCUUGCGGACGUACCUCCAGCGGCGCUGCAGGAGCGGUGGCACCGCAAGCGGUGGCGGGGGCGGAGGCGGUGCUCCCAGAGACAGCAGCAGAAGCGCCGGCGCCGGCGCCGCUACCCUUCCGAAGGCGGCUGCGGCCAGCAGCAGCACGGCCCCCAGUGCCGCCGCGCAACCGCCAGCGCCGGCGCCGAAGCAGCAGCAGGUGGCCUCAACAGGGGCGGGCCACCGCCGCAGGGGCUUGCUGGAAAAGGUGGGAGGCAUGGCUGCCGCCCCUGGUAUGACACAAGGAUCAGGCGCUGCUGAUGCAGCGGGGUCCCCGGCAUUCAACAUGGGCGCCUGCUUGCGAUUGUGGGUGCGGAGCAUGUGCAGCCAGUCGAGUGUGCGCUCGGCGGUGGCCUACAGCAACGACGCCGGCGCGGUGGCGGGUGGGGAGGACGCGGCAAGGCGCGCUGACGGCCGAUAGCCCAGUACCAUGUGACGUAUGUUCGAUGCAUGAGUGGCUGACUCUGCUGGGGGUUAGUGGGUUACGUGCUUGCAAGCUAAAGAGGGGUUUCAUGCAUACUACAUAACUGCAUGCCGCUAUGGCUGCGUUGGUGCCAUGGGGCAAGAGACAAGAACAGGUGCUGACCAACUCAAGCCUUG